ACAAUAUGUUGUCGGAGCGCCAGUAAAACAGCAGGACAGGUAGAACAGGUGACGCGGUGUCAGGUUUCAGUGUCGACUGUUGGCUUUCCCACACAGCCGAUCCGGAAAGUUUCAAAACACACGAUUUCCAUUGUAAACACAUUUGAAUUUGGAAUAGUCCGCAAACUGGUUCCGUUAAGUGUAGCUAUGGCAACCAAGUAUGACGGCCUGUCCCACUGUAAGCUGGCCCUAGUGUUUGCUGUUCUGAUGGACCUGUUGGGUGUGAUAUCCCUGCUGCUGGGGGUCUUUGCUCCACUGGAGAUACAUGGGCAAGACUUUGGGGACCUACUAGUGUAUUCAGGAGCGCUGCUGGUGCUACUGUCCCUGGCAGGCUGGGUCAUGUGGUACAGUGGCAACAUUGAGGGUCUGACCUCCAAAAAGGAGUUGGGAGGAACUGUGGGUGGAGCUGUGGACCGCCUUGCCCACUCUCUAAGCCGCAGAAUAAGGCUCCCCAGGACUCGCAGCAGCCCAACAUAAGAAGUGGAACCAAAAUAUACCAGAAACUAACCGGCUGACUUUGACUGCUGUUACAUGAAAGGCCCCAGGUUAGGAUGCCCUUAACCAGGUGGCAGGCCAAACUGCCUGAGUCACAGGAGUGUCACUGCUGUUUAUCCUCUUGUGGAGUUAACAGACAUGUUACUCACACACAAAAAAAGUAAUUCAUUGUGUUUUCAUAUGGAAAACUUGGAGAAUUUGUAUCUCUGGUUAAUAAAUUGUAAGUGGAGUACAAUCCAGAUUAUAAUCUGAUAUGCACUACUAUAAAUUCCAGUGUAUAAAGAUUAAAAAGAUUAUUCUCCAGUA